CUCAGUACUACUGAGACUAUCAUAUUCUCACGUUUCCUUUCAGUGUGCAUCACCUGCAUCUAUCAUCGCAGGACGAUUUCUGUUAUUACCACCUAAUCGAUCUCUCCAAUCGCUUCCCCGUCAUUGACUGUUAUUAUGACCGCCACAUCCAGCCUUUCCAUCACUCUUGCUCAAGCUAUCGCUUAUCUCACUCGACCUCUUACCGUUACGCACCCUACUACGACCACCAACAAGCUUCAGUCUGCGCUUGAGGCGAACUUGACUGCACUGUUCGCCCCGACAUGGACUCCCAAUGAACCACUUCGUGGUUCCAGCCAGCGUUGCCUCACCCUCUCCCCUAAUUGCCUCCCUCCACGUGCCAUAUAUACCGCAUGCCUUGCAUCCAAUGUUCAGUGGUUCGACUGGAUUGCAUCCUUGGGCGGACGUGAGUUCGACUUUCGUGUCGAUCCAGGAUGCAUCUCUGUACAGUUCGAGAAGGGUACCAAACUCAUUACGAUCUGGUCGGAGGUACCGAUCGCUAAGGCUGUGUCCGUCGCGCGUCAUACGCCUUUUAGCCAGCUGCCACUCAACAACUCAAGGUCUAAGACAUUUGCCCAGCAGCUCUGGGAAUAUGAUCGCACAGAGGAUGAAGAACUUUUCGCCUUGCUUGCUGACGAAAUCAGUGCACCCACUUGGAUGAUCCCUGUCGUUGACCGUUUCCCUACUCAUGCACGUUCUAAAUCGUCCCUCUCUACUAUAUCUACCGAUCUGUGCUCCAGCCAUUGCUCGUCUGACUCCUGUUUCUCUAUCACGGCUGCCUCUACUUCGUCGCCUAAGAAGAGUAACAAGCAGCUAUCCCAACUUACCCACCACGAGAAGACAAGGCAGCUUCGUGUCUUUGUAGACACCUCCAAGACUGAAAUUACCCCCUACGAUGGUGGCAAGACCACUGUCCUCACCGGCGGUGUGAUGCUGGGAGCUGCACCUCCCAAGGGCAAGAGCGGCCCGUCUACUUCUGCUCGGCGCCACGCAUAAACAGCUAUGCUUCCCUUUAUCACUCGGCCCACGAACUUCCCUACGGGAUCGCACUACACAUUUUCCUAUACGCCCAUUUACGCCCCGCGCACUCCACGAAAGACAAUCCCACUACCCACUACCAUACGAUGCCAUUUAACGUCUACUAUACCAUCUGUACUGCAUCCAUUACUUUGUUUUCGUAACCUUGAUUUAACACAGGGUGUAGCCUUUUAAUUUUCAGAUCAUUUUUUGGACUUGGACAUGGCUGAAUUUAUCAUGGCACUUUCAUUCACUAUCGAUUUACUGUGUUAGCUCGUCGUCUUCGAGAAGCCUGACCAUAUGCAUGAACAUGUGUCAUGCAUACGGGAUAACCCGUAGUAUGCAAGUGGGUUUUC